AUGGAUACUGAGCCGGAAAGAAGCACCAAGGCACUUAUAAACUCUCUCCAGAGCCGUCUUUUGAAGCCUAAUGAUGAGGAGAUCUCCAGGUUAGGGCGCAGCAAAAUUUUUGCGCUUCCCGAAGUAAUCUCCAAGAAGUAUGUUGUCGAGAAAGAAUUGGCUCUUCUCCAGCAGGUUUCAUCUGCAGCCAGCAAGGAACUUGACAAAUUGGUGAUACUGGAGAAGCGACUCCAAAAUCGCCAGACAGGGAUAGGAAAACUGCCAGAUGAAAAUUUGGAAUUAAUAUUUGCGCUUGGCGUCCGAACGAGAGAAUCCUCUCUCCCAGUCUUGGUAUAUGCUUCAACGUGUUUUAGAUGGAGAGAGGUUGCAAUCGGUAAACCUAGUCUUUGGGGGACGCUUUCAAGGUUCUUCCCGGAGAAGUUGACGCAAUUAUUCCUGGACCGAUCCCAGCAAGCGCCUCUUGCGGUUACUUUUGGCAAACAUAUCUGUCUCGCCGCCAACAGCCUGCACCACCAUCGGAUCCAGCGCUUGACACUUGCGGAUCGGAUCCCCGAGUUUUCAGUCUUAACCUCCUUGCAGGAGGUGUCAGUUCGUUAUCCGAGCUCUACAGAUGGUCUGGAUGCUCUUUUUCAUCUUCUCUCUGAUGCUCCAAUCCGCCGCUUACGAUUCCAAUCACGUUCAAUCCCUUCAUUCUCUACCGUCAAUGCAAUUAAUCUGACUCAUGUUACAUUGUAUGCCUAUCAUCCAUCAAUCCCAAGUGCCAUCAGCGCUGCUGUCAAUCUUGUAUACCUCCUCGUGCAGAUUGACAAUCCUGAAGAUGUGGUGAGUCCCGUAACCGGAUUCACAGCACUGCCGUAUUUGCGAUCCCUCACCCUCCGAGGCGUCUCCGAGCACCACGGACUCUUCCCACAAAGCGCAGACCGGCUGGAGUACAUUCAAUUGGAUAAUUCAAAACCCCCUCCACCAGUACUCCAUUCCUCCCAAUUUCCCUGCUUGCGUGCUGCUGAGAUCGACUCAGGCAACAUCGAUGUUAGCCACCUGACGGAUUUCUUUUUUCAUCACUCUGGGCUUGACUGUUUUUGCAUCUCGGGAUUGGAUAGUGCCCACAACCCGCUUUGGCUGGAACGUCUGUGCGUCGACCCAGGGUCAUCCUCCAAUAUCGUCAUCAAUGGCUCAGUUUUGUGUCCCUCGCUACGCUUACUGCAGCUCGAAUUUCAGCUUUCAGGGAUGGCUUACAAGUGGGAUCAUGCAUUGGCGUGCUAUCUUCUCCGCUUGCCCUAUGUCAGGGACCUUCAGACUUCCACCCCCCUCCGCAUCGAGCUUAAGGGAAUAACGAUAGAUACUGCACCUUACACGUUCCAGUUAGCAAGGUCUAAGUCCGAGUCAAAUAUCGUUCUAUAUGAGUACCUUUCCGAUUUGCCGGAUCCCUUCGAACCAGAUUGGCUCUGA